AUAUCCUCAGUUGCUACAAACUUCUUCAAAAGUUGAGAGGUUAAGACUCUGGGCAGAUCCUAACUUGCAAUAAUAAAAAGUCACCAGAGAAGCACCUGGGAUUAGAAAGGAAGUGUACGGCACUUGGAAGAGAGAAAACAAAUACUAUUAUUAUGCAUUACACUAUGUAUUUUUUGGAUUAAUUUUGAAGAACACAGACAAAACUCCAGUAACUGGAUUGCUUCAUUCACAUCAACAGAUUUAAACGUGAUGGACAAUAAAGCCAUGUAUUUACAUACAUUUGAAGAGAAGGAAAACGGAUCUGUGUUCGAAGAAUCCUUCGAUGGAAAAAAUCUUUCAAAAAUGAACCUCUGUGAGAGCUGUCCAGCCAGAGGUCGAAGGUCAUCCAGACGUUGUGGCCAGGUGGGAUCAAUAGCAGCACUGAAAUAUGCAGUAGUUGGUCUUUAUCUGCUCGUCUUUCUAAUUCUUGUUGGAGUGUUCAUUUUAGCAGUUUCAAGGCCCCAGACCUCCCCUGAAGAUUUAAAAGCAUUAACAAGCAAUGUGAACCGUUUAAAUGAGAGCUAUCGGGAUAUACAGUUCAAACUGAUGCAACUGACCUUCAAGGGGGAUUUUAUGGACCACAUUUGGAAACUUCAAGACCUUUUCCAAAAUCAUUCAGACUCACUUUUUCAGCUAACGGAAGCUCUUCAGAAGCUUGAAGAGAGUGUGCACAGUCUUCAAGACGUGGCAAGCAACACUGACACAACUGUAGCUGGCCUAGGUACAAGCUUAAACCAGCUAAGUGACUCUCAUAACCUUGAAGUAUAUAGACUAUCCACAGAGGUCAAUGCCAGUAGAUAUGCUUGGAACCAUCAUGACAGUCUCCUGAAGGAGAUAACUGCAAAGGUUGAAGGAUUUAAUGACCAAGCUAGCGAAAUACUUGGAACAAUAAAUAAUGUCAAUACUACAUUCUCCUAUGAUAUUGCCCUACACUAUACAAGGAUACAAGAUCUCCAGGUCCUAAUAAACAAUGUAACAGAAGACACCAGACAAACUAGAUUACUUCAUAUUGUGAUGGAACAACAGUUAAAGCAUGAAAUGGCUCUACUGAACAAUGUAACAGAAGAUCUGCGUCUGAAAGACUGGGAGCACUCUAUCACAUUGAAAAAUAUCACUCUAAUACGAGGACCACCUGGCCCAAAGGGAGAAAUGGGUCACGAAGGAAUGGAAGGAGAACCUGGUCCUCCGGGUUUACCUGGAUUAAGAGGGUUUCCUGGAGAGAGAGGACUUCCUGGCGAGAGAGGUAUGAAAGGAGAUGAUGGGAAUAUUGGGCCACCUGGACUUGUCGGACUAAGAGGGUUAAAAGGUGAACGUGGGCAAAAAGGGGAAAAGGGUGAAAUUGGAGAAAGAGCGAACACAGGAGUGGUAGAAGAAAGGCUAAUUCGACUUGUGAAUGGAUCAGGACCUCAUGAAGGACGCGUUGAGAUAUUUAACGAAAACCGCUGGGGAACUGUAUGCGAUGACGGCUGGGAUAAAAAAGAUGGCGACGUGGCUUGCCGGAUGCUGGGCUUUAAAGGUGUAGAAGAAGUUUACAAAACAGCCAGAUUUGGGCAAGGUGUGGGAAGAAUCUGGAUGGAUGAUGUUGCAUGCAAAGGGACAGAGGACUCUCUCCUAAAAUGUCAUUUUGGAGGCUUUGGAAAGACAAACUGUGGACAUGCCGAAGAUGCCGGAGUGACUUGCACAAAGGGAUGAACAGCUUGUGGGAGACACUGGGACAUAAUUUUUUAUGAAAUUAAAAUGGUCUAAUCCAGCACUCUCUAGCUCUUUCAAAUGCAAAGACAGCUAAGUAUUGUGCGUGAGCCAGAGCCAGAAGAAGGCUUUAUGUUCGAAUAUUGCAUAGACUCUUCCUGUUUAUUAUCUUCCGUCUUUGAGGAAGGCUAUUUUAUGGUGCACUACAGUAACUCAAGUAAAAUCACAAUUGUUUAUUGCAGGUAUCAAGGGGACCGCAUUUCUAUACUGAAAAAUAUGCAUUUAAAAUCCAUAAACACAUAUGCUAUGCAGGUAUGCUUGUAAGAUUGAUAGCAGGACCCGAUUCUGUAAAUAUGGUACUGAGUUGCGAGUGCCUCUCAGAGAAUUGACAACAAAUGUCUUGGAGUAGUACAAAAAUCCUUACGGUUACAGGAU